AAUUCUCCAAAAUGAAGAGCAACAGGAAAUGACAUUCUGCUUGUAAAUAAUGUGGCAAAGUUUUAAAGAAAAACGUCAAAUUUGCCAUGAAUGUGCAUAUGAUAGUGUUAUUCCAUUUUCUUUUGUUAAGUUUAAGUAACGUGAUUAGUUUGGCAAGUGAUUUAAGGGCAGAAGUGGUGGAGGAUUUAAACCAGAUUGAUCCAUCGGACGUCGUGUUAGAAUACCCCUAUAAAGUUGACGGCGGCAUACGUGUAAAGAGGGACUGCUCACAUGUCGCCUACGGUCACUUAGAUAGUCAAACAUAUCCCGCACAUGGGACUGAGGAUAAAGAUGGGAAAGGAGUUUCGGAUAAACUGACAUUACCAAUUGUUGAUUCUCAGCAAUUAACUGUUACUGUUUUUGGCAGAAAUGUGAAAGUACAUAUAGCAUACAUACAUAACCCCAUGAAGACUUUCUCGGUGUACGAGCCGCUACACGAGGGCACGUGCAAACUCAGAGAUAAAACAAUAAAUUUAGCUAAAGUACAAGUAACAGCAGAAAGCAAACGAUGUCUUGUAGCAACAAAUGCAGGAUUGUUUAACACACAUAACGGAGCUUGCUAUGGUAAUAUAGUAAGCGAUGGUAGAUUGGUACAAGAUACUGAGGGGUUACAGAAUGCUCAUUUUGGUAUAACAAAAUUGGGAGAAAUUUUCACUGGAUAUCUGUCUGAGAUUGACCUAGUUAAAGAUGAUUUUUUACAACUAGUUGGUGGUGUUAUCUGGGUUCUUAAAGACGGCCACAAUCACGUAGAUGAAAGUAUAAACAGUGAGUGUAGGGAUACAGAAGAGACUGGCACAUUGCAGACAUUUGCCUCCGUUAUUUCUGCGAGAACUCUGGUCGGUCAUGACAAACAGGGCCGAGUGAUGAUAAUGCAGGUCGAAGGGAAGACGGGAGUCGCUGGGGCAAGUUUGUAUGAUGCUGCAGGUCUGAUGAAGGAUCUUGGUGCUGUUAACGCCAUAAAUCUGGACGGUGGUGGAUCAUCAACCCUCGUCAUGAACAAUACUCUAGUCAACCAUCCCUCUGAUAAAUGUGGGAAAUACAAUUGUGCCAGAAAAGUGUCUACGAUAUUAUGUGUGCACGAGCCGCAUUGUUUAUCCAAAGAUUGCAGUGGACAUGGUGUGUGUGAGUUAGGAGAAUGCCGUUGCCAUGGUUAUUGGAAAGGAAUUAACUGUGAUAAAUUAGAAUGUCCAGGGGACUGCAGCAAUCAUGGUGUUUGUGCUGAGGCAGUUGGGUGUAUUUGUUUACCUGGUUACCAUGGUAAAAACUGUUCCUCCUCGUGUAAAGAUGGGGUUUAA